AUGGAGCAGCCGAGCAAGCUGUGCAAGGAAUCAGGGAUUUGGGGACAACAAUCCAAGUCAGGAGAUGAGCUUCGAAAUGAUGACGAUUUGGUGGGAUGGGCGUUCGUGCACGCCUCGAUGCUGCACAAUGCCUUUGCUGUUCAUGCUGGUACCACCCAGUUCAACAUGGCUUAUCGGGGAAAACUUGCAUGCUUCGGUGAGGUAGUCUUCUUCGCCCUGAAUCAGAAUCAUGUCAGAAAAGGGAAGCCGAAGUUUGUGAAAGGCGUGUGGUUGGGGAAGACGCUGACUAAUGACCUGAAUGUGUGCCAAUGUGUGCGGGACGGCGGGACAGCGCUGGGCAUUUACUUGUCAGGAACGAUCCGGAGGAUGGCUCCAGAUCAGCAAUGGAGCAAGCACAUGAUCAAGGAGUUCAGCGGUAAGCCGUAUAGAUUCUCGCUGAGUACCUUUGGCAAAGUUGUGAUUCCAGGCAUCAAGGAGAAGCGGAAGCCAGAAGCGAUUGAGGUGAUGUCUGCGCCUUACACGUUGCCAGCUCCUGAAAAGAAGCCAGAGCCACCAGGAGAUGAAGCAGGUUCGGAUCCAGUGUCGUCCCCGAGACCUUCCCAGCAUGCCACUUCCUCGAACAGGUCAAGUUUUCUAUCAGAUCUUGUUCGAACAGACAAAGAUUCGAGCUCAGGAGGGGCUACGUCUCGUUCAGGACGCAGCUCUGGCCCUGCGUCUGCAGGUAUGGAUGGUGCUGAAGGUGAUGGAAGCCGGCAGAAUGAAGAGCUUGAACAAGUGGACGAGGCCUCCCAGGCCCAUGAAGUCAAGAGAUUGGUGGAAAUGGGCGUGUUGGAACAAGUUGAGGCUUUGCCGUUGCCCCCAGGAGCGGAGUUGUUGAAAACUAAGCAUGUCAUAGACUGGCGCCUUCGUGAAGGUAAAUGGCAAAGAAGGGCACGGCUGGUGUGCAAGCAGCUGAAGAUCUGGGAUCCAAACAGGAGUGAGGAUGCGUUCCUCACAGUGAAACAGCGUGAUGAGCUUUAUGUCCUUCUUGAUGGAGUUCCAUUUAGGGUGCUUAACCGGGUGCUUCGGUGUUUGCCAGGACAGCAAGCGGCCUCGGCAUGGUGGUCAGAACAGUUGACGGAGGACUUGAAGGAGGCCGGUUUGGUUCCAGAUGCGGCUUGUCCAUCUGCGUUUGGAACAAAAGGACUUGGGGUGAUGAUGCACGUGGAUGAUGGACUCAAUGCAGGAGAAGACUGGAUCCUGGAGAAAGUCAAGGCCCUCCUCAUGCAGAAGUACAAGCUUGAGGUAUCAGAUGUGGCAUUCAAUGUAGGUGAGUCAUUGGAAGAGAUCUGCGGCAUCCUUGACAUCAAGAGGCUUCGAGCUAGGAAAACUCCACGUUCAGCCGAAAUCACUCAGCCUGAGUACUCGGAGGAGUGUGAUGGAGAGAUGGCGGUGAAGUAUCGUGGAGCCAUAUGCGGUUUCCUUUAUCUCUCACCAGACCACCCCGAUUGUCAAUGGACCAUUGCGCACCUCGCGAGGGCGAUGAGUCGUCCGACAGUGAAGAUGUUCAAGCAUGCAGUCCACUUAGCAGAGUAUAUGAUGAGCACAAAGGAUGCAUGCCAAGUCUUUCGUUGGAUGUAUCCCGGAAGGUCAUGUCUAGAUGAUCGAGUUCUUUCUCGAAGCGGGGCCAGUGUUCUUCAGGAGCAGCACAAGGGUGAUGCAGAUUUGAUCGAGUCGGUCAGUGACUCUGACUGGGCUGGGCACUUUGACAGGGCGAUCUACAUCAAACACAUUGUCCGAACAUUGAGCAGUGCCCCAUCUCGCUUGCUAUGUAAGCUUGACAUCGAAGUUCUUCGUUUGCUGAUGGUGAUGGAUUCCAUUCGGGUGGCUGCGGGCUCUAGUGUUAUGGUGGAGGAGAGCGGAUUUCAUGGACUUCACAUUGAAAGCGUCUUGAGCAUCCGUCUUCCAGCGUGGGGUAUGGUGGUCUUGAUUGUCAUGGUGAUCCUUGCAUUUGUGAGCGUGAUCGCAACGUUUAGCAACUGGAUGAAGAUGAUGAGGAACACAAUGACGAGGGUGAUGAGGUUGGUGUGCCGUUGCCUGAACAAGAACAUCCAGGAGAGCAGCCACAACAACAGCAGGAUCAACAGCAUCACGGGCCACUUACGUUGGAAGGGACAAUUGCGGAGUUUUAUCGUCGUGAGCUUAACUUGGAUGGCAAUCUACAUCAUGCAGUACAUGAGCCACAUGUUCGCAGUCCAGUUUGGCAUGAUCGGCUGCAUCUCGCAGCAUGUGGCCAAUGCAAUCCUGCUGUACUACCCGGCUUCAAUCCCCUGUGAGAAGAAGAAGAGCAAGAUUGAAUGGCCCGUGAAUCGGGAAGUGUCCUCUGCACUGUCCCGAAUGGACUUUGGCAAAGAAGUGACGAAGAUUUGGCAGCGACUGGAUGAGUACGUUGCCAUUGACAACCAAGACGACUGUCAGAAGACAGAAAUGGAUCGCAAUGCGCUCGGAUGCCGAUUUGAGCACCCGGAUGAGCACUCGAAUGGCCCAAUGUCGAGCUUGCUACUGAGAAUGAACAGCUUGGGCAUCGCCACGGUGCAGAAUGGCCCGAAUGAGUGCAUGGUGGAGACUGCCUGGUAUGCAAUGACCAAGACAGAGAGAAUGUUCCUUACAAAAGGCAACUGGCGCAUCGAAUGGAAACUCCUUCCCAGUGCCUUUGAGAAUGCGACUGAUGAGCUGGUCAAUGUCUAUGACUGGAUCAUGCUUCCGGCGAAUGUUGGCGAGAAGUUCUUCCGGACUGGCAAGAUUUUUAGUUGUCACAGUUUCCAUGCCGUCAGAUGA